UUUUAGGACCAAAUUGGCAGCUGCACUGGCAAGAUGUCGCAUCAAACAUGAUGCUCUUUCAAUUGAAUGCAUUCUACCAGAAACUAUACGGAAGCAGGAACAAAGGGCUUCUGCUUUACCUUUAUGUUUUUGGAUAAACAUAUUUAAAAUCAGCCUUCAAGAUGUUUUCAGCGAUUUGGAGAAGAAGGGAUUCACAAGAGUCGAAUCUGUGUCAGACUUUGACCGUUAUACGUACUGUAUGGACCAACAUUGCCAUGAUGUAUUGCUUUUUCCUUCCUCUCUGAAAGAAGAACUGCUUAAUUUAGAUCUUUUUGCAGAUUACAAACUCAUACUGCAGGAUAAGUCUCGCAGCCUUGCUGUACAUGCUGCACAGGCACUGUUGAAUACAGAUGAUGACAUUAUAGUGGCUCAUGGAGGUUCCCAUCUGACCAUUGCCCAUAUGUCUACGCUGACAGUUCACAGCAUGUCCACAAUUUUUGUUUGUGGUGUAAAAUCUGCAGCAAAAGCAGCUGAACUGAGGAACUUAUUCAGUGACAUGCGAUGUACAAAUAUUCAGUUGUUAGAUGAAGACUUCACUGAGAUUGGACCAACAGACCCAAGACUUCAAAAGGCAAAAGUUAUUUUGCUGCUACCACAAUGCUCUGGGCUAGGUGUUGGCAAUCCAAUAGACUUUAUUUUAAAUGAACACAGAGAUGCAGGAUUGCUGAGAGACCUUUUCCAAGGAUCUGUAUCUGAGCAUAAACUCAGUACUCUUGCUGAGAGGCAGCUUAAUGAGUUGACACAUGCAAUGAAAUUUAACAAAGUACAAGCUAUUGUUUACUGCACUUGUUCAGUUUACCCAGAAGAAAAUGAACUAGCAGUGAAAAAAGCACUGGAAUCUGGAGUGGGAGGAAAAAAAGUACAACCAUACAGGCUUACACCUCCCGUUUUUUCUACUUGCUCCAAUUCAAACACUUCCACUGGAAUUUUUUUCAAAAUGGAGCCAUCAGAAAUUUCCAGUGGCUGUUUUCUAGCUGUUCUAGCAAGAGAGAAAGAUUCUUCUGAAAAUGUGUCUGUUAAAGACAUUUUGGCUCGUGCUGCAGCAAAAGGAUUACUAGACAGCAGUCCGGAAAAAUCAAAGGAAGAGGAGAAAAAGCAGAAAGUAACAAAGCGUAGAAGUAAUAUUCCUGGUACUGGUACAGAGCCAAAGACUGCACAGUUCCUUCGCCAUCAAACUGUAUCUAAUAUUAAGGCUGAAGUUUCCAUAUCUAAAGCAGUCAGUAACAUACAACAAAAUAAAGUGACAAACAUCAAUGUUCAGCUGAAGAAAUCUAUCAAACCUGUUUCAGACCCUGCUUCAGGUCUGCCUAAAGUGCUGAAGGGCAUCUCUCAUUUGUCAUCUAUGGGCAAGGUGUCUGACAGACAGACACUUCCUAGAAAGGCAUGCGCAGAACGUAAGAGGGUUGUGUUGAAGCCUGUGGAAAUUGUUUUCCCUCCAGUGAUAACACCAUAUGUAAGUUCGCAAGGAAACAAACUCAGGACAUCAACUCAUCAUUGCUUUCAUGGCUGCACUGGAGCGAAGGGUUUCAGUGGUAGGGUACUUCCCCCACCUCUGCGAAGUGGUCAGGCCAACUGUGCGUAGCAAUCCUCGGCCAUGACUAUAAGAAUCUUCAAACAUUGCCCUACCUUUAUACAGAAGGUCCAGGCAGAAGACGGCAAAGGAGGAGACUCAAGAUGA